UACUGAACUAACCUUUUACAAUGAAGAUGGGGCACAAGUAAAUGAGAAGAACGAAAGAGAGAUGUACCUCAAGUCUUAUUUAAUAAAUUAAUAAUAAAUAAACCGCUUUAUAAAGUUUAGCAAAAAAUGUUUUAAUGCAUAGAACUGUUUUUAACUUAAUUGUUUGUAUACCCACCUUGUGUCAUUUUUUUGCUGGUUUACUGUGAAAGAAAAUGAUUUUGUAAUAGUGAAGGAUCUUAAAAUUUGCCUUUGUUUCCUUGUAGUCUGCCCACUCAAUCUGGAGAGGGAGAAGUAUAGUGGAGAACUUUUCCAAACUCACAGCAGGCUUUUGUACCAACGCUCUGAUGGCAUCACCUUCAGCUCACCACACAUCACAUGACCAACUUCACCAGUGACAGAUUCAACCAUCCUGCUCAGCCGACUGGGUCAUACCUUCCAAGAUGGCCGACAGAGAGAGAUUACUUCAGCUUUUACAAGUCCACCUGGUUCUACAUCCACCUCCUACUCACACUGAGGAGCUCCUGACCAAACUUCAAGGACUGGUCACUAAUAUUUUCUGGAGUCUGGAUGGGGUUAUUGAGUUGUUUACAUCUUUACUGAAGCGAUUUGACUCUAAACAGACAAAAGAAGACCUGCAGCUGUGGCUGCUGAAAAUGUUGCACUGUGUAGAAAUCAAUUACAUCACUCCAAACUGGAAAUCUACAAGGUCUCUCAUUGAACUGAUUCAGGAUACUACAAUAACAGAUGGACAACUGCAACAGAUUUUAGGGGCAGAUACAGAUAAGACACUUGAUGAAAUAAUCAGUGAAAUCGAGCAACAAAAUAGUGUUGAUAAAAAACUUCUCAGUGAUGCUAAACAAAUAGUUUUAGAAGUGAACUCACAGUUAAAACACAAAUAUAAACUCACAAGUGUGCUGCAAAAGCUGGUGGCUGCAGUGAAGAAGACAAUGAAGAUCACUCCCAGACUAACACAGAUGGUGAGCUGGGCCCUCAUGGCUCUGUCCGCAAAAGGUCGUCUGAUUCAGGUGAGCACCGGAGAAGGAAAAACCUGCAUCGUUGCCAUGUUUGCCGCCUUCCGAGCUCUGCAAGGACACAAAGUGGACAUUAUGUCCAGCUCUCCAAUUCUGGCUGACAGAGACUUUAAGGAAUGGCAAACGUUCUACAAAGAGCUCAAGAUCAGUGUGAGCUGUAACAUCAACAAAGUUAACUCUGACCUAAAAAAGUGUUAUGACUGUCAGGUGGUCUAUGGGACAUCUCAUGAGUUUGCAGCAGACUGGUUACGACAGCACUUUGGGAGAGAGGACAUCCGUGGAGACAGGCCUUUCCAGUGUGCUAUAGUGGAUGAAGUGGACUCUCUGAUGCUGGACAAAGGUUGCCACACUGUGUAUUUGGGCAGUGAAAUGCCAGCGCUUCAACACCUCAACCCUCUCCUUGCUCACAUCUGGUACACUGUGAACCAGUACACAGGUAAAAACUCAUUCAAGCUUGGACCAAAAGCCCCGUUUCAUCAUAUUGCUCUUGAAAGUUUAUCUCUUGGAGAAGAAGAUCAAUCCACAAUCCUGAAACUGGCAGAGGUCAGUGGUCUCAUAGAGAAAGGCUCUGUCGAUGCUCUUAAACAAGACCCAAGUCUUUUUCCUCAAAUAACUGCAAAUAUUAGUCCUGAAAAACUUGCAGCCUUCUAUGAAACAAUAGAGGAUGAAUAUAAGACAUGUCAUUUUGUUCUGUACAGUCAGGACAAAGACUUGGUCAAAAAAAUACACGGGUCUCCUCAACAUGAUGAUUCUAGGACCACUGUGUCACUGCUGCUGCACGAUGGAGGGGUGUGUCAGUAUAUUUACAGAGACAACGAGAGUCUGCUGAGGGCAGUCAAAUCAGAAAUCAUGAAUACUUUGUAUUUUACACCAUGUGAUCUGAGAGAAGGCAGAACUAACUGCUACAUACCAGGGUUUCUCCGAGGUCUGGUUGAUUCCAAAAUUGAAGAUUGGAUUGAAAAUGCUUUUCAUGCUCAAACUAUCACCAAAGACCAUGACUAUGUCAUUGAGGGACAUGGAGUGGUGCCAGUGGACUUCAAAAACACUGGUGUGUUGGAAAACUCCAUGCAGUGGACUGAUGGUCUGCACCAGUUUCUAGAAAUGAAACAUCAGAACAAGCUGAGUGAUAUGUCGGCUGUUACAAACUUCAUGUCUAACGUGGGUUUGCUCCACAUGUACGGGGACCAGAUCUAUGGAGUCACUGGGACUCUGGGUCAGAAGGUGGAGACUGACACAUUACAGAAGAUCUACAAGGGCAUCACUGCCUGCUACAUCCCCACAUUCAAACGCAGGAAGCUGUUUGAGGUGCAGGGAGUGAUUGUCAACGAUGAGGACGAAUGGCUCCAGAAAAUCUGUGAUGUGAUAAGAGCCCAAACCCGCCCCACCACGUACCGUGGUGAGAGAGCAGUGCUGGUCAUCUGUGAGACCAUCAGGCGUGCCAAGGCCGUGCACCAGGCUCUGGGAGAAUCAGUCCAGAAUAAAGUAUUCUACAUCAGCAACAACAUGGACAACAGAGCAGUGACUCACAAUGGAAUUACAGCAGGAAAAGUGAUCAUAGCUACGAACCUGGCAGGAAGAGGCACAGACCUGAAGGUCUCUGCCUCUGUGAAUUCAGCCGGAGGUUUGUUUGUGUUGCAGACAUUUCUGCCCUUGAACGCCCGAGUCGAGGCUCAGGCCUUUGGACGCACAGGGAGACGAGGGAAUCCAGGUUCUGCACAGCUCAUCAUCUGCUCCGAACAUCUCCCGGAAACACUCCAGCUGUUGGUGCUAGGCCGUGGUCUGCUGACACUACUGAGGGACCUGUUCACUCUAGUACCACUGUAUAGAGACCAGUUUGAGAGGCAGCUGAGGAUACGAUGCAGUGGUCAGGAUGACACUGAUUUGUCCCAGAAACUGUCUAAGAUCCUGUCCAGCAGGCCCAAUAGUGGAGUAGAGUUGGCUAAAAAAGUUAGAGAUGAAAGUGUGGCAGAGAAGUUAAAAGAUUAUUUGCAAAGUGUAAUUCCAAAGAUGAAGAUGAAGCAGGAGCUGUUCAUUCAGUAUCUCAACUUUAUCGAUGAUUUCUACCAAAGCAACAGUAACCAGCUUGCAGAGUCUGAUGUCAGUGCACUGCAUGAGUUCUGGGGCAUGUGGCUCUUCAUGAACGACAAUGACAAAGAGCCCAGUGAUGUUCAAAAGAAUAAACUGUCCUCAGAUCUGGAGAGAGCCAGAAACAGUCUCAGAGAGGGCCAUUCUCCUCUGUCAAACCUGCACCACUACACUCUGUUUGGAAACAAGCUGCUCAAACAAGGACACUUCAAGGACAGUAUCCUCAUGUACUCCAGGGCCAUAGAGCUGGACCACUGCUGGGCAGCCAUCGCAUUUUACAACCGAGCCUUUGCACGAUUGGCCCAGCAGGACAACAACCAAGACCCAGACUGCAUAGACCAGGCUCUGGAAGACCUCCAGGAGGCCCUGAAGUCUGUGGAGCUGUACUGUCUCCAACAGGACCUUGUCUACAGAUACUCCAAAGCACACCUUGAGGCAGAGUUUAUGACCGUACACACCAGGUUUGACCAUCAUCAGAACACUCGAUACAAAGUCUUUCUACUUCUGACUGUUAACAUUAAAGAGGCUAUUGGAAAACUUACCAAGGCCAGAACCAUUGGGGGUCAUGUAAAAGUAAGGAAACUCUCUGUGUUUUUCCUGGCUCCCAUCAGUGACUACCUCCCAUCUUUAGUUCUUGCCUCAGGGUCUGCAAGUCUCCUCCGGUCCACCGACCAACUGAGGCUGCAGCAGCUGAUCAAUCACUCCGCCUUCGACAUCCACCAUGAGCUCCACUGGCUUAUGUCUUUGGGACUCACAGAUGUGUUUGUGCUGGACACUCGCUUCUCUCUGCAGGGGUUCUUCUCAAGAUUAGGAAGGGCUAUCACUCAGUAA